AUGCUCCUCGCCGUGCUCGCGCUGGUCGCUCACUCGGCGCCUACCGCGUUUGUCUCAAACGGCGGUGUGCUAUACCGCGAGCGCUUCCUCUCGCCGGCCGACUUUGAGGCUAUCCGGCGUGAGUGCCGCACCCUGCGAGGCGGCAUGCGCGCAGAGAAGGACUCGAUUGCGCUGCGGCGGAUGGGCCUGUGUCUCGACCGCCGAUCCCACACACACGCGAUGCUGAUGAGCGAAGCGGUUGCGAGCCGGAUCGCCGCGCUCACCGGCGUGCCGCGGCUCGAGCCGUCCGACUUUCCGGCAGAGUUGCGGCAGUAUGGUGCCGGCGCCAGCAUGGGUUGGCACCGCGACGACGCGCUCUACAGCCCGCCGCAGACAGAGGUGAUCCUGACGCUCGGCAGCGCCGACCCGCCGCCGCCGGAUGAGCAUACCACUCGGCAACUCGUCAAGCGGUGGACGGCGCAAGAGGAGAGGCCAGGCUACGCGCCUCCGCCGCCUGUGUGA